AUGAUACUGCUAUUGACCAUCAAGCGAUAUAUCGAUCGCAGUUCAGAACCUACUAGAGCAUCAGACAACAAUGGGUGCAUUAAUCGAACGAAUGUUUGUGACAGUGGGAUAGAAAAUGGUUCAAGCCCAAUAAACGCCAGCAACUACACACAACAACAACACAUCCAACAUGAAAUGCGUUUGCCACGCAUUCAGAUACCAGAAUUUGAUGGCAAAUGUACGGACUGGAUCCGUUUUCGCGACUUAUCCGAGACACUUGUACACAACAGACAAAACAUUUCCAAUAUUGAGAAGCUAGAAUAUUUGCAAACGAAAGUUCGAGGGGAAGCACUUUCGCACAUCAAACAUUUAAAACCAGCCAAUGCAAAUUACGAUUUUGCCUGA